AUGAUGGACGAAAGCUUAGCCCGUUUCCACCCUAAACCAGAGAGGAUUUCUCGUGGACUACGUCAACCUGGAAGCCGUAUUAAAGCCCAAAGGCUGCAGCACAACGCGAAUAAUCUGCCCUCUUCUGCUGAGAUCGACCUCGAACCUCUUCUUCAUGCACUUUCCUAUCAAAUGAAGUGCAACAAUCGAAACCCGGUUACUCUUCACACCUAUUCUUAUGCUCUUCUGUGCAUGUAG